AGCCGCGAUCCAUCUGUCCACCAAGUCCCACCCCCAACAAAAACUGUUCGAAUAGCACGUCGAUUCCGUUGCCGAUAGAAAACACCACACAUUGGCAGCUGGAGUGAUCGGGUCUAGACAAUUCAGACAUUCUGCUCAUCAAUCAAUCUCUCUUCCGCCCUGUUCUCUCCACCAUGGCCGAGACAGAGACUGCACACCAAGACACGCUGGCCCACGUGCGCAAGCACUGGCAGUCAAUAGAGUCCAACUCGCCCGUUUACGGCUUCUUCUUCCCGCGCAUCACCAUCGUCUCGGCCGCCAGCGGAUCAGGUCGCGUGGUUUCCCACCUGCCUUUGGAAAAACAGCACAUCAAUAGCAAAGGCAUCCUACACGGAUCCGUCUCUGCCGCCCUAGUCGACUGGGCGGGCGGCAUGUCCAUCGCCGCCGCCAAAGGACUGGACCGCACCGGUGUCAGCGCCGACAUCCACGUGAGCUACGUCGGCGCUGCCAAAGAGGGCGACACUCUCGAGAUCGAGAGCUGGGUCAGCAAGGUUGGGAGGAACCUGGCCUUUACCCAAGUCGAAAUUAGGAAGACUGGGCCCGCUCCGGGUGAGAAAGGCCCUGUGGUCGCGACAGGGAGCCACACCAAGUACAUGAAUAUCUGAGGCCUUGCUCACCCCUGAGCUGUCUGCCCUCGUGUCGUGUCAAGCCAUGGAGAUAUCGCUCUGGACUUCGGGCGCAUAUCAUAACUCCAGGAUGAGCCGAGGAGACGACUGAUACUUCGACCCGCGACAAAUCCCUGAGAGCGAAACAGGCCAUAGAGUCAGUUCAAAGGUAGCUUUGGCCAUCAAGGUCUGUCGCUGGAUACUUGCGGAAGCACUGGCAACCUCUCACUCGCAAACCUUGACCAUGAUGCUAUCUACCUUGCGAUUUUCUGGCCUUGCAAGCCCGGAACCGGUCGAUAAAUAUUCAAUUCAAAGUUAUCCUGUGGCUCGUUGCUUCCUUCUAGUUUGGUAUCUGAUCCGAGUCGACGGCUAUCAACCCCCUCGUCAACCA